UCAAACCUUUUUCUCUUCUCUUCUCCCACUCCAUAUCCCCGCCCCUUGUUUUAUUUGUUUCUCUCCUCUACGUUUCUUCUCUCUUCCCAAACUCGUUACCCAAAUGUACUCCUCUUCCUCUUCUUCCUCUCAACAACACUCUUCAUCAAACACCCAAACAAACCCUAAUCUCAUGCGCUACGAUUCAGCUCCGAGUUCACUCCUAUCCAACACGGUUGACUCGGUCGUCGGACUCGGUGUACACCAUCAAUUCUUUUCUAACUCAAUCAGCUCGGCCGAGUCCACACACUCUAAACUCAGUCUUAACCCCGAGUCCACUCGGAACACGCUGACUUUGCUCCAUCAAGGACCUUAUGGGUUGACCGACUCAUCCAAUAAUGCGAUUAAUUCUUCUUCAUCUAAGACGUCGUCUUCCAACUUGAUCCGUCAUAGUAGCUCUCCUGCUGGCUUCCUUAGUCACCUUGCUUCUGAUACUGGAUAUUCUGGUUCAAAAGGAUUUGAUGUGAACUACAAUGGGCAAGGAAGUUCUAUGGGUCAUGAUCACAUGCUAUCCAGGUUAGGGUCUCAAAUGAGUUUCACAAGAAAAGAUCAUCACUCUCUCUCUCAAAUCUCAGAAGUGAAUGAGAGUGUACUUGAAAGUAUGAGCUCCCAUCAUCAUCAUGAAGAUGACCAUAAGAGAUCACAAUCUCGUUCAGUAUCUGGAUUUUCAUUAAGUGCAUGGGAUGACACCAACGACAACAACUUUAUUAUUUCAGCUUCAUCAAGUAAACGAGGAAAAACAAUAAAUGAUGACAUCCUUAAUGGAUUGAGUGGUAUUGAUUCUCAGCAAGCAAUGGCAAUAGAGAUGGCAACAAUGGAGAGGCUAAUGCAUGUCCCUCAAGAUUCAGUGCCUUGUAAAAUACGUGCCAAGCGUGGAUGUGCAACUCACCCUCGAAGCAUUGCUGAAAGGGAAAGAAGAACUAGAAUAAGUGGGAAAUUAAAGAAGCUGCAAGAGCUUGUCCCCAAUAUGGACAAGCAAACAAGCUAUUCAGACAUGUUAGACUUAGCAGUGCAGCACAUCAAAGGACUUCAAGGUCAAAUUGAGAAACUGAAUAAUGAUCUUGACCAUUGCACAUGUGGAUGCAAGCCAGAUAUGGAGCCAUAACUCUGGAACAAAGUUUCAACAGGUUAUUGCCUUCUUAUGAGCAUCGAAUUGAAGAACAACUCGAUUGCCUCAUAUGGGAUCAGUCUUGCUUUUUUGUUUUUCCGUUACUUUUUUUUGUACAUAAACAGGUGAUUUUUCCUCACUAACUAUUUAGGUAAUUCCACUAAGUUAAUAGACGAAUUACUUGACCCCUGUUUUUAUUCGGUAGUUUGGGAUGUUAAGUUUUUCAA